AUGUGCCUUGGGUACAAAUCGCUCGCAUUGCUAUGCUCGAUUUAUUCUCCAGUUGUGGCGAGCGGUGCCACGUUUAUCGAUCCUCCUGCAUAUCCUCAGGCCGGUUAUGAUCUCGCUACUAGUCCGAGCUAUGGCCUUGGAUCUACAGUUGAUAUUAAGUGGAUGAUAGAACCUCCGCGCAAUGUGUCCUUGGCACUAUUUCAGCUCAGUGGUGCAACUUCGCUGUACCCAUAUGAGAAUUUAUUUAGUAAUUUAGAUGCUGGCGUGACGUCCUUCCUCUGGACGGUCCAGACAGCGAAAGAUCUCGGCUUUUCGCAUAAUUUUUGGAUGUGUUUAUUUGAAGAAAAUACUACACAUGCGGCUGCUUGUACAAAUUUCUUCAAUAUUACCAGCACCGAUGCCGGGAUUCAAGCUCCAGUCACGACUGGCUCGGGUUUAACCACACAAACUAGGAAAUACUCAACAAACACACAGACAUCCGUUCCUACUAUAAUAACCGCACCUGACAUAGUGCCAAAACCGAUAGCUACCGCGACCGCUUCCUCGAUUUCUACCUCAGGGCCCAUAGCCAUGCCUACCUAUAUUAUAUCAUCUACUUCUACUUCUACCGCAACAUCUAUAAGCACACCGGCGUCUACAAUGAUACCAUCGACCCCCGCACCAUCAGGGCUGAGCACUCUAGCAAAAGCUGGACUUGGAAUUGGAGUAGCCGUCGGAGCCCUUUUUCUCGCUGGUGCAGGCUUUUUGGCUAGGACUCACUGGAAGAGAUGGCGUGAAACACCCAUUGAGACCAACUACAUCACACGAAGCAAGAUGUUUCAAUCACCGGGUUCAUCAACGUCGCUUUUUCAAUAUCAUCGAACGAAAACACCACUACCGGAGAAUGCUUCUGGAUGGACGUAG